AUGGUCAUCGGCUGCAACACCCUUGGGCUCAUCGGUGGGAACAAAGAUGCCAAGAGCCAGUACCUUGCUGGGUGCUACUCCUACUGUGAGGGCAUCAACAGCACGUCCGACGGUGCCCCCUGCGCGGGGAUGGGCUGCUGUGAGGCUACCAUCCCUGCGAAUCUCACUUCCUUUGAGGUGGCAUUCGGGAUGAACCAAAGCAAGGUCUGGGGCUUCAACCCGUGCUUCUACGCCAUGAUUACUGAGACUGGGUGGUACAGUUUCAGGCAGCAAGACCUCAUUGGCCAUCUUGGAUUCAUCGACGCUAGAGCCAAGAGGGGCACCCCGAUCAUCGCUGACUGGGCCAUCAGGAACAGCUCGUGCCCAGAGGAGGGAAAAGAGCCACCUAGUGGUUACGCCUGCAUCAGUGUAAACAGCUACUGCAUGAAUGCAAAUAAUGGCCCAGGCCAUCUAUGUCAAUGCUCCAAAGGAUAUGAGGGUAAUCCUUACAUUCUGAAUGGCUGCCAAGAUCUUCACCUGAAGAUUGCUACACAAUCAGCAGAAGCUCUUGCUUACUUACAUUCAUCAAUAUCUUGCACGAUCCUACACGGAGAUGUCAAAUCUGCCAAUAUCCUGUUGGAUGAUCAGCACAAUGCAAAGAUUGCAGAUUUCGGAGCAUCAGCACAAAAGUCCAUGGAUGAAAGUGAGUUCAUCAUGUUUGUACAAGGAACACUUGGCUAUCUUGACCCUGAGAGCUUUAUCAGUCAUCAACUGACUGAGAAAAGCGAUGUCUACAGUUUCGGAGUAGUUCUUCUGGAGCUGAUCACAAAAAAAGGGCUAUGUUUGCUGAUAGGUUCAACGAAAAAAAAAUCAUUGUCUUAUAUCUUUCUCUUGAUGUUCCGCCAUAAUAAGCACAAAGCAAUGCUGGACUCUGAAAUUAUUGACGAGGUAGUUAUGGCAGUGCUUGAAAAGUUGGCCCAACUAGCAGUGCAUUGCUUAUGCCCAAGUGGAGAUGACAGGCCAACAAUGAAGGAAGUUGCAGAGCGCCUACAGAUGUUGAGGAGGCUCCACAUGGAUGCAACUAGUGACUGUGAAGACAGUUACUAUGCACACCAUGGAGGAUCAUCAUCAUUGGCUGUCCCUUUGGAUGAUAUGGCAUACAACAGCAUGGAGACAUCUACACUGAUCUUGGCAUAG